AUGGGCUCUUAUUCGGAACCACAAUUACCCGCCAAUAUUGGCUUCAUUGGACUUGGAAACAUGGGCUUUCCGAUGUUUUCGAACUUGGUUAGUAAGCUGCCGGAAACGUCGACAGUACACUUCUACGAUGUCAACCCGGAAUCGAUGGAGAGAGGAUUAAAGGAGUCAGGUGCGGUGGCCAAGCUGGAUCCUUGUGGCAGCUCGAGAGAGGUCGCCGAGAAGAGCGACGUGCUUAUGUCAAUGGUACCAGAGGGCAAACAUGUUCGUGCCGUCUACCUGGACCCCGAAAACGGCGUGCUGGCCGCUAAAGAUCUAAGUGGCAAAAUCCUCAUCGACAGCAGCACCAUCGACACGGCCACAUCACUCGAGGUCGGCGAGGAAACGCGGAAACAGCACCCAAGAGCCAACUUUUUCGACGCCCCGGUCUCCGGAGGCACCGCCGGUGCGAAGAAAGGUUCCAUUACGUUCAUGAUUGGUUCUACCAAGUCAGAUCCUCAUCUACCGUUGCUCAAAACCCUGAUGUCACUCAUGGGCCACAACAUCUACACGUGCGGUGGCCCGUCUCUAGGCCUGACCGCGAAGUUCUGCAACAACUACCUGAGCUCCUCAAUCACGCUCUUGAAUGCAGAGAUGUUCAACUUCGCCAUCAAAUCGGGCAUGGACCCCAGGACGCUGCAGGAAAUUCUCAAGACCACGACGGGCUGUAACCGCAAUGCCCAAUGGGCGAAUCCGGUUCCGGGGCUGAGUCCCGACGCGCCAUCGUCCAGAGGCUACAAGCCGGGCUUCAAGAUCGAGUAUGUCAAGAAGGAUAUUGGAUUGGCCAUAGCUGCGUGUGAAAGGGUCGGGGCGAAGCUUUGUGUUGGUCCCACGACUUGGAACACGUACGUCGAGGCAGGCAAAGACCCCCGCUGUGCUGGCAUGGACUCCAAGGUCAUCUAUCGGUUCAUCGGUGGCGACGAAGAGUGGCAGGAUAAGUUUGCGAAGGACGAGUGA